ACACAGCGGCAGCAGCAGCACCGGCGGCGGCAGUGGCAGUGGCAGUGGCAGCUGUGGCGGUUUAUUUAUCAUUGCGGCAGCCGAGGGAAUCGGAACGCAACCGAGGGAGAGGAAGGAAGGAAGGAAGGAGAGAAACGACUUACACGUCUACCAUCCAAGCAUGGCUACCCAAAGCACGGCAUCGUGCACCGGAUCCACUUUGCUGCAGCCCAUCAGCGACAUUAUCAACCUCCCUCUCGACCAGGUUAACUUUGUGGCAGGCCAAUUGUUUGCGCUGCUCAUGGCCGUGUGGUUCCGUCUCUACCUCCACCCCAGUAAGACCAGUCCCUUCGUCAGACAUGUUGUGGCCACUCUGCUGGGCUUCUAUUUGGCUCUCUUCUGCUUUGGCUGGUAUUCCCUCCAUUUCCUGGUGCAGAGCGGUUUGUCCUACAGCGUGAUCGUCUUCGCCGGCCUGGAGCACAUGCACAAGUAUUGCUUCAUCGUGACUCUCGGCUAUUUGAUUGUGUGUCAGAUCACACGUGUUUACGUGUUUGAUUACGGCAUGUACUCGGCGGACUUUACCGGGCCCAUGAUGGUGAUAACACAGAAGAUUACGAGCCUGGCAUUCGAAAUACAUGAUGGUUUGACCAAGCGAGAGGGACAGCUUUCUCCAAGUCAGAAAUACUUUGCUAUCAGGAGAAUGCCCAGCCUGCUAGAGUACCUCAGCUACAACUGCAACUUCAUGGGCAUCCUGGCCGGACCCACGUGCGCCUACAACGACUACAUGGCUUUCAUCGAGGGCACGUGUUACCAACCGCGUCACCAGGAAAACGCCAAUGGCAAGGAGAAUGGCAAGCACAAGCAGAGUGAACCUUCGCCCAAGGGUGAUGUCAUCUCCAAGCUGUGUACUUGUGCCAUCUCUCUGGCCAUCUACUUGUCGCUGUGCAAGCUGAUCCCAGUGGAGCGCUCUGCAGAAGAAGACUUCAUUAACAACACACCCUUCUACCUUCAAGUGGUCUACCUGUACCUGGCCAUGCUGGCGCUCAGACCAAAGUACUACUUCGUCUGGACACUUGCUGAUGCCAUCAACAAUGCGGCAGGAUUCGGCUUCAAUGGCUACAACAAAGAUGGUUCCCCACGCUGGGACCUGAUUUCCAACCUCAGAAUACUGGACAUUGAGUUUGCCACCAGUUUCAAGCUUUUCCUUGACAAUUGGAAUAUUCAAACAUCUCUUUGGCUCAAGAGGGUGUGUUAUGAGCGCUGUCCCAUCAACCCCACUGCCGCCACCUUCCUGCUCUCAGCAAUGUGGCACGGCGUGUACCCGGGCUACUACCUGACAUUCCUCACUGGCAUUGGCAUGACGAUGGCGGCACGUGCAGUAAGGUACAACGUCAGACCUCACUUCCAGGUCUCCGACACAUACAAGCGCAUCUAUGACGUCAUCACGUGGGCAUGGACUCAAGUUGCCAUCAGUUACACAGUGGUGCCGUUUGUCCUGCUGGCUGUGGGGCCCUCGCUCAAGUUCUACAGGUCCUGGUACUUUGGCUUACAUCUACUGUGUCUGCUGGUAGUCCUGGCCCUGCCGGUCCGAUCGCGACGUCGCGAGGCCAAAGACCAACAGGAGAGCACGCAGACCAACGACUGUAGCCAGAAAGACAAAACCACAUGAGGCUCGGCACAAGCAUAUACUGUAGUGAGACAAAUUGGAGACCACUGAGAGCCGGAGUCUGUUUACGGACGAGGAACCAAAUAUUGGAUGUGCUUGGACGGAACCUGACCCAAACUUCUAGCAGCAAGGAGGACAGAGUGGUUGCAUUACAUUUUACUUGUGGAAGAUGGAGAUAAACUGAAUUCCAAGCUGCCUUAAACCCUCUAUGUACCUGUCAGGUGAAACAACAACACAUUUGGAUGACACCUGUACUCAAAGUGCACGUGGAGUCCGUAUGUGGAGGGUUUUUGUCAUUGUCUGGAUACAAGCCUCUGUUAAGUGGAAACAUUACCUUUAUCAUCAGCUGCCAACUUUCAAAACAGGCCUUAGGAUCCUCAAAAUUUUGAUUUCACUCACCUGGCUGUUGACGUUAAUAAUAAGCGUUUUGUAUUUUGAUGUGACGACAUUAUUCUCAAUGCUUUCUUUUGCAGAGAUUCGAAUGAAUAGAAAAGUCCCAAAGAGGAAACCAGAUCUCGACUGUCUCCAGCAGUGGAAAACUUUUGCCCAAUGGAUUUUUAUUUUUUUUUUAAUAUAUAUACAGUAUGUAUUUUUCUUCUGCUUUUUGACAAACCUGACUUAUCAGCAUCAAAUAUCUGUGCGUUUCAAAAGGGAGAUGAUUAACACAGUCAUGACUUUGGAUCAUUCUUUUCAAGGUUUUCCUCCUUGAGCACCAAGGGUGAAAUUCUUUUCUUUUGAAUUUGAUUUUGUUUGACAUGUUCCUGUUUUUCACACUGCAGCCUUGCUAUGUGCCACAAGCCCCUAAAUGGCAGAAAUGCAAAUACUGCAUUUCCUCAAAUAGUGGCCUCUGCUUCACUCAGCGCGAAUUACUUGCUGGGUGCAUCAUCCACUUUAAUAAAUGCCUCCCUCAAAUAGAUGUCUCAUUUUUGAUCAGGAAAAAAAAAGUAGUGGCUGUAAUUAAUAGGGCUGAACAAGUUUGAAAAAUAAUCUAAAUGCGAUUGCAAAUUAAUGUUAUUUUCUCAAGGUCUUUUUUACAAACACAUGGAAUAAAAGAAGAUGUACAACGAUAACCAAUAUGAGAUUACAGCAGUGCAAACACAUCUGUGGCUUUUCACUACUUGUAGAUAAAUGAAUAAAUAAAAUAGACCUGUAUUUAAUAUAAAAAAAAAAAAAUCAAAGCCUACCGACGGGUUUUUCUUAAAAUUGCAGCAGUUGCGAUUUGAAAAUUGCGUUCUUCCACACUGCCUUGUCAAUUUGAAUUUGAUGAAAUCUUCAGCCCUAAUAAUUUACACACAGUCUUAACAAGUUACAUACAUGAGCCUAUUUGAACUCUGUUGCGAACCACAACGGCAACACUGAUUCACAUAGGUAGAUUUUCAGACGAAAUAAAGUGCGAGUUUAUUGUGCAAUAUUAAAACUGAUACAAUGUCAAGUGCAGACGCCCUCUUUAAUGGUGAGUUUUCCCUGUGAUCACUCCACAGUGUUGCGCGUGACCAUGUUUAUGUCCCAAGGAUCUACACAACGUAUUAAUUCAGCAUUCUAUUUCACUUUUCUCCUUCACAAAUACAAAUUGUUAAUUCUUUACAAAUCAAAGCCACUCCUGCUGAAUUUACAUCUAUGUACCCCCAUUGUGCAAUUGAUGACCCGGUGGCCACUAUUUGCGGAAACAUGGUCAUUGAGGAUUUUUUACAGAUCUUGGACAGGUACAUUAACAGUGCUCUAAUCGCAUCCUGUCACUUAUGGAAACUGUUACUACACAUGGAUGUUAACUACUGAGCGCAUUUGAACUCUGUUGCUAACAAAAACAGCAGCACCAAAGCACCCAACAAAUUUCUCAAAUAAAACCAAUCGUGACCUUUCACUGCAGUGAGCUCACUCUGCUGUAUUAAAGAAAACCUUAUGAAGUUGGCCUCUUUAAAGAGGAAGUCAGGUGGAAAAAAUUCUUGACAAUAUGUUCUAUAUACGGCCCCACUACUCUACACACGAUUUUUGGAUUAACACUGCGUUUGUGGAAUAUGAUUAAAGCAGAAAAAUCCACCCGUGUUAAUCUAUCUCAUGGACGGCCAUUUUGCUUUGCAUCGCCACUUGCUGUUGACUGAAAUUGACAUGUCGAUAUGUCCUCACCUUCGCUCUUAGGCACUAUGAUGGCAUUUUGAGUCAACAGAAAGUGGCAGUACAAGGCAAAAUGGCCGUCACAUGAGAUGGACAACGACUCAAUAUUAAUCAGAUGACCAUUAGAUUAGUAGGGUUGCAUGGAACAUACCAACAAAAUUUUUGACUUGAACACCUUUUCGAAUUCUAAAUACAGUCUGACAUGUUCUCUCUCUACAACGCUGUAUGCGUUAGUCAUUACGAGUCAGGGAACUAUGCAGAUUCUGAGUUCAGCGUAGUACUUGACGUGUCCCUGUAUUUUUCCAUAUAAGUAGUUUUUAUGCGAUUUUAACCCCCCAUUAAAAUUGCAAUAUUUUGGCAAGUCCACACAGCUCAACAUGCCUCUCCCCGUGAAUUGACACGUCUCCUAUCUUCAGUUGUGAAAAUAAAUCUCCCUCACAUCUGAUUGUGGAAAUUUUGGAAAUUAAUAAAACCUUUUACAUCUUGUACAGUUCCGGUAACAGUGCUCUAAUCACACCCUGUCACAUUAACUUUAUAAAUCCUUAUUUAAUUGUUGGAGUAGCCAUAAUUUAUCCCAGUGAACGGGAAAUAAAAUGGUCCAAAUUGGUGCAGUGCAUAAAAAAAGCACAUUGUGUACUGAGGCUACAAGAGUGAGUGCAAUUUGCUUUCAUUUGUCAUUGUGUUGUUGUCAUUUGUUGUACAAAGGCCGGAUGUUGUGUUAACUUAUUUAUGUUCGAAUAGGGGAUGUUUCAAGGUGCAUUUACUGUACGGUGUAAGAAACACGGGGCUCCUGUGUUGUUUUUGGUUCACGUCAAGCCUUCUUGUUUGUUGGAACUCACACAUGACACCCUUGGGACGCUGUCCUGACACCAGUGUCACUAAAAUGUCACAUUUCUACAUAUCCGUCAAUCGAAGAACUUCAUGUUCACUUUGUGACCUUUUUCUUUGUUUUGGGUGCAUUUGUAAAAUAACAGCGGAGCAGCCAAGUUGACUUGAAGUUUUGGAUUUCUUUUUGAAAUGAUUUAACAUUUUGCAUAUUCCUGCCAUAACUCUGUGUGUGUGUGUGUGUGUGUGUGUGUGUGUGUGUGUGUGUGCGCGCGUGCGCGUGCGCGUGUGCGUGUGUAUACCAGUGUUCCUGUCGUCCGUACUUGUGUAUAUUUGUAGCGUGGCCCUGUAAAGGUGAAGAACACCUGUAAAUUA